CCUAUUUCAAUAAGUUCAGUGAAGGUUUAAACACAUGAACUGUUGCGAUGAGCUCAUGCGUUGGGCAUUGGGCGGAUCGCAGGUGUACAUGCGGACACUUUAUGUGCAAGUCUCGCGAGACAGCUACCACCACGUCUAUGCCAAAGACCUCAUCUCUAGACGAGUGCUUGAUGAGCCUCAAGUUUGUCUUUCAUGUAAGAUCCUCAGACCAAUAUGCUAUAUAAGGUGUAAUCUUGUGUGUUUAUCCACUAUCUUUUCCUUGUAAUUAUUAACUUCAUGUUCAAUAUAAAGUCCAACUUACAGAUUCUUGCUCUGGAACAAGACGAAAGAACUUCCUUUGCCAAUGGGAUGGUAGUUGUGGCAUUCCUCUUUUUUCUUUUACUUGUUGUUCCUAAUUUUUUUUUUCAUCAUGAGAAAAAGUUUUUAAGGAAUGGACAAUUGCUUGCCACUAAGAACUGACCUAGUCUUCAUUUGGACUUUGCUAUCAUCUUAGUGGCUAACCAACAUUAAUUUCAAGAAGGAUGUCACUUUGCUACUAUAAAAAACAAAGCUCCCAACUCAACUUUGAAACACAAGUUUUAGUUCUCCAAGUUUAGUUGGUUGCAAAAGCAAAUGAAAAGCUUUGGAAAUUUGGGGCAAUGGCCUCUACUUGCAUUUGCUUUGGCAGUUUGCUUUUUAGCUAGCACUGUUGUUGCUGAUUACUCUUAUGGUUAUACUUCUCCCUCACCUUCUUACAACUCUAAGAAGUACUACAAAUCACCAUCUCCAUCCAAGUAUCAUGUACCCACUACAUACUUCAAGAAACCGGAGAAACAUGCUGAACAUUCUCCGUCACACUAUUACAAAUCACCUGUGCCUUCGAAGCAUGACUACUACAAGUCACCAGUAGUAGUGAAGUAUUACAAAUCACCUGUUCCUGCAAAGAAGUAUUACAAGUCCCCUGCUCCUUCAAAGAACUAUUACAAGUCACCUGCUCAUUCAAAGUACUACUACAAGUCACCAUCACUUGCAAAGUACUACAAAUCUCCCUCGCCUGCAAAAUACUACAAGUCGCUUGCUCCAUCGACACACUAUUACUACAAGUCACCAUCCCCAGCAAAAUAUUACAAAUCACCUGCUCCUUCUAAAUACUAUAAAUCUCCGGCCCCACCAAAAUAUUACAAGUCACCAGUUUAUUACAAGUCUCCAUCACCACCUCCAGCUUAUUAUGAGAAAUCACCUUCUUACUACAAAUCCCCUCCGCUGCCUCCAAAAUACUAUGAACAAGCACCUUCAUACUACAAGUCACCACCACCUCCGCCAAAAUACUACGAUGAGUCACCCUCUUCUUACAAAUCUUCACCACCUCCACCAUACUACAGAGAAUCAACUCCUUCCUAUAAAUCACCUCCACCUCCACCUCCACCAUACUACAAAGAAUCUACGCCUUCCUAUAAAUCCUCUCCCCCUCCACCAAAAUACUACAAUUUACCUCCUCUACCAACGACUGUCAAAGUACCAUCAUACUACUCGCCUCCACCACCAACGGAAUAGUACAAGCAAACUCCAACCUCCACCUCACCUCCACCAUCUGAGAAGUACGAGCAAUCCGCCACCUAUUCUUCAUCUCCACCCCCACCAACCUACUAUUAGUAGUUACUAGUUCUAUCAUUUCCACAAGUUACAUGAAUUCUAACUCUUUUUACUCCUAUUUUGAGCAUCUAUUUCCUUAGCCAAAUUUCUAUGUAUGCUUCAAGAAGGUUUUGCUUGUUUUAUGUGUUCCUUUCUUUUUAAUAAUUUGUAACAUGCGUUGUUUGAGAUUUUAAUAUGAUCCUCGAGAUCUCCCUCAGUUUGGCUCAUUGUAUCAAGAUUCUUUUUGGUGUAACCUCUUGAGAGUUCCACUUUGUGCAAUACUAUCUUCUUCUUUAUCGAACAUUGUUUGCUCUUAUUGGUUGAGUUCUUUCAUUGUUCCAUAAGCAUUCACAUUCUGGACAUCUAUGGCAAACUCAAAUAUGAAGACAAAUCACCUCUGAGUAUAGUGUCUGAUAACUGUCCUCAUUAACUUUUGAGAAAGUAAAGUUAGUAUAAAAUAAACAGAAAUAAGAAAGAAAUAAAGAGGCAUUUGAACUUAUGCAAAUGCAUCAUUUAAAUAGUUCUUUUUCUAACAUAGAAAAGCCAAUGUUUAUCAACAUUUUUCUCUUCAAAGACUACUCUUUUCACGGCUCAGGUUCAAAUCCAAGCAGAGACAAAACACUAGGUGAUGUCUUCCCAUCUAUCCUAGCCUUGGUGGAUAGAGUUAUCUGGUACUUGUUGUUGGUAUGGAAUUAGUCGAGGUGCGUGCUAGCUGGCUCGGACACCAUUGUUAUUAAUAAAGAGACUACUCUUUUCAUUAUUGAUACUAUUUUGUUUUGGGGAAGAUGCUACUAAGUUUCAAAUUUAUUAGAAAAUUAUUCUUAGA